AUGAGAGCAUCCCUGCCAGACAGACAGACAUCCCCUGGCGCCUCAAGCAGAUGCUGGACAUUUUGGUGUACGAGGAGCAGCAGUGCCCGGCGGGCGAAGCGGGGCCGUGCCUCGAGUACCUCCUGCAACACAAGGUCCUGGAGACCCUCAGCACCCUGGGCAAGGCAGAGUAUCCCCCCGGGAUGAGACAGCAGGUCCUGCUCUUCUUCAGCCGGGUGCUGGGGCAGGUCCAGCACCCACUCCUGCACUACCUCAACGUGCACCGGCCCGUGCAGAAGCUGCUCCAGCUCAGCGGCCAUCGCCUGGGCUCUGGCACCGAGAAGGAGGUGGUGCAAUUCACAGCCGUCCUCUGCUCCAAAAUUAAGCAGGAUCCCACCCUGCUGCCCUACAUCCUGGAGGGCAAGAGCAUCCUAAAUGGGAGGAGAGCCCCAGAGGUACCAACCAGCCCCGUGGAAGAGGGCGCAGAGCAUCCCCCCACUGCUGGAUCCCCCCCAACCGAGCCCUCUCCGCCACGGAGGGACACCAACCUCAUCACCGCCUUGGUGGGGCUGUGCAAGAGCCAGAAGAACAGGGUGGCACUGAAGGCUCGGGAAAACCUCCUCUCCCUCAUCAGCAUCGCCCAGGAGGCGCCCGCCGCCUGCCUGGUCGUGGCCGAUGCCAUCGCGGAGGCCGUGGAGGAGAAGUUUUUCCAGGGCGUCCUGCAGCCGCAGCUCCUGGAGAUGUCCGAGCUCGCCGUCCUCAGCGCCACAGGCACCGUGCGGCAAAUCCGCGCCCCUCCUCUGCUCCACCGCCUCGUCCUCUUCCUCCUGGGACCGGACCGGCACCCUGAGACCCCGGGGGAUGCCCCCCACCCUUUGCGUGCCCACCUCAUCGACCGCUGCGACCACCUCUCUGACGAGAUCAGCCUGGCCAGCCUGCGGCUCUUCGAGGAGCUCCUGCGCAAACCCCAUGAGCACAUAGCCCACAACCUGGUGCUGAGGAACCUGGAGACCAGGGGCUACCUCCAGCGCGGCCCCUCAUUGCCCGAUGAGCGCGGAUACCUGGAGGAGGAUCCUUAUUUCACUGAUGGAUUCCCAGAUGCUGGAUUUGGGAUGGUGAAAGAGCCGGGAGCAGCAUGCCCAGGGAAGGGGCAAGUGAGGGAGGUGGUCAGCAGCUUCCUCUGCCUGGUCCCCGAGGAGGCGAAGACCUCGGCGUGCAUGGAGGAAGGCGGCUACGACACCUACGUGCACGAUGCCCUGAGCAUGGUCCAGGCGUGCCGAGCCAACGCUGCCCCAUGGGGGUGGCCCUCAGCCCCCCGGCCCCUUGACGCCGGCCACCCCGAGGUGACGUUUUACGAGGGCCACUUCCUCAAGGUGCUGUUUGACCGCAUGGCCCAGAUCCUGGACCAGCCCUACAGCCUGAACCUGCAGCUGACCUCGGUGCUGUCCCGCCUGGCCGCC